GAUGCAGCUGUGGAGGAUGCAGUGCUAAGGAAGAAAGAGCAGAAAGAUGUUGAACUCGACAAGAAGAUCUUGGCCCUGCGGAAGAAGAACGAGGCGCUCAUACGAAGGUACCAGGAAAUAGAAGAGGACAAAAAGCGAGCUGAGCAGGAGGGAAUGGCUGUUACCUCCAGGAGGCCCAAGCAGGAUGGACUCACUAUUACCAUCACCAAAGCUCACAACGACCUGAAAGAUGCAAUUACCCAGACUGAACACUAUGGACAAGAUAGCCCAGCCCUCUCGAUGGAUAAAAGGGUGGUGAGUGAGAAAUGGGGGAGCCCCUGCACUACGAGCCCUGCGUUCGGCAUUGGCAGUGAGGAAGAUGAAGAGGAGGAGGAAGCGGAUCAUAUGUUCACAUUCAGGAUGGGGAAGAGGAUGCAACUGGCUGUCACAAUGGACAAUAAAGCCAAGGGCAAGCGCAUCGUCAGUGAGAAGCGCUCCGAGUGCUUCCCAGGCCCCAGCAGAGUGCCAGACCCCGGUGAGGAGGACACGGACCAUUUGGUGGCUUUCCGGCGGGGCAGGAGGAUGCAGAUUGCCAUCACCAUGGAUAACAAGGAAAAGGCAGAGGAGAGGAGAACAGCAGAGAAGAGGAGAUCAGACAGUGACAGAGGCCCAGAAAGUGAGCACAGGCAGAAGGAUGGCGGGAAGUCAGCCCAGAAGAGCCCUGGAGACCUGAGUUUCCCCAUGACGGGCCGGGAGCGCUCGGAGUACCUGCGCUGGAAGCGGGAGCGGGAUCAGAUUGACCUGGAGCGAGUGGCACGUCACAAGAACGCGAAGGGCGAGUGGCGACGGGCUUGGGAUGUGGAGAAGUCAGAGCACAUGUUUGAAGAGGAUGGGGAGCCAGCCUUGGAUAAUCCCAGCAAUAAGAAAGGGGGAAGAAACGCAAGGAAAUUCCAGCACAAAUCCUUUCCUCCCAACGGGAGAGGUGGAGCAAAUGCGAACAAUCCUGGUCCAAAAGUGGUACCUGCAGUGAGCAGCCGAGCCAAAGGGAAGGACAGGCUGACCGGCAGAGCCAGGAGAUGGGACGCAAAAGAAGGAGAGGACAUGUUGUUUCUGAAGGAUGACCUGGACAGCCAGAAGAGUCUUGGGAUGGAGAAGCGGAAGAGCAGAGGCGAGGAGGGGGUGGAAGAGAACUGUGCAGCUGAGCUGGAGGAGAAGGUCAAACAGCCAAACCCCCAAGACCAUGGGGCCUCCUCAUCACAAAGGCUCAAAAGUGGAAAGGUCCAUUCUGCCCACAAUGGUCGGAAGGAGGAGCGGAGAGGAGCGAAGGGCUCCAGCGUGGAGGUGUCUGUGGCCAGCACAGGUGACUCAGACCCGGGGCCCAAGCCAAGUAAUGAAGGUGCUGGGGAAGAUGCCAGUGGGAAGCCUGACACUGCUGACAUCCCCCAGGAGAGCACUGACAGCACUGCUUCACAGAGCAGCCUUCCAAGCAGCGUGCAGGCCACCAGGCACGGCAGUGAGGAGACGUCGUCAUUGCCUGGGGCAGCGAAUGUAGAUGGAGCUGCCCUAGAGAAAAACACAGCUUCAGAACAGGAGUCCACUGAGGGCUCCUCAAGCAGCCACGGGGGAAAGGUGGACACAGCAGGAGACAGACUGGAUGCAGGUCAAGGACAGCUGUUUAAGAGGAGUUUCCAGGAGUACCUGAACAUGAACCUGGCAUCAGACACCACCUUUUGA